AUGCCUCUGCCACUACCCGGCGAUGAUGGUCAAGUGCAAUUCAUGUUCACGGUAGCUAGGCUCACGCCUGGCAGCAGCCAGCCACGCCGCCCAGAGACUGAUGAAGAGGAGAUGCUCAAAUGUAUGCAGCUGUACAAACUUGGGGUGCCUCUUUAUACCCGUGAGGCGAUUUUGAACGCGUACGGUCAGCUGAAGGUCAGCAAACGAGGCGAUGCCAUCAAGAUUAUAGCCAUAGACGGCACUAGUGUCGACUUUAUCAUCAAUACUGGCAGAGUCUGGGUUGGUGCCGAUGGAUAUGAGCGUGAGCUUAUUCGCGUCGCCCACCGAGUCAUCACACGCGACCCGAUCACCAAGGAGAGAUUCGAAUAUGGGGUUACCGCGUUCGAGAAGGUCCGGUUGAACCUCUUUACCACUCUCCACUUCUGGCGGAAUAGCCCCUACUACCAGCUGCUCCGGUACCUGCUGGACGAGUACCCCAAGAUGCCCCGGAUAACCAAGAUCAUCGGGUUCGACUGCGGCAGUAUGUCCCGCGACAUGCAAGGCCAGCCGUCCAACAACUCCCGUGCUCGCUACCAGCAUGCAUUUCUCAUCGCGCUGAAGGAGUACCUUGACGCCCGCAACUUCGAGACCACUGGGCAGGAGGUCCGCGUGUACGUGCAGAAUGAGACGUACCUUGAGCGGGAUAUUGAGGUCAUCCGGCAGUUCGGGGUACAGGUGCUACAAGAUCCGGAGGGGUUCCUCGUUAUCGAUGAGGAGACCGUGGUUUUCGCAUGUCGACCCGAGUGCCCGGUGAGACAGAUUGUGGCAGACCUGGCGAUGCCGGCAAUGAUGAUCUGGGAUCGUGAGAGAGAUUCAACCAGGGUCAACGGGGUGCCUGUACAGCGCAUUUUUGACCCCUGGUCCACUCGCCUAGACAGUAUGAUGAGGUUCUACCAUGUGCAGGACUUUCUCAACGAUGAGAUCAAUUUCGAUAAGAUGGAUGUGUGUAUUCGUCGCCCUAUGGCAGAUGUGUACUACGGCUUGAAUGAUCCAGGACCUGGCGGCGAUGCGAAUAUUGCCCAGCCAGUCGCGUAG